CGAUAGAAUAGGUAGCGGAAAUCUAAACUAUGUCGAAGCCAACAAGCAUCAAGGACGCACUGUCCCGCUGGGAGGAGAAAAAUAAACAGGAGGCCAUUAGCGCCACUGAUAUUGGACUGCAAUUCCAGUAUCCGCCGAUAGAGAAAAUGGAUCCUACCCUGAGCACUCUGGUGGCGUGCAACCGCCUGAGUCUGUCCUCGAACAUGAUCGAGAAGAUCAGCGGGAUAUCGGGCAUGAAGAAUCUGAGGGUGUUGAGCCUGGCCCGCAACAAUCUGAAGAACAUCAGCGGCAUCGAGUCACUGGGCGAAACCCUGGAAGAGCUCUGGGUCAGCUACAACAUAAUCGAAAAGAUCAAGCCGCUGGAGUCGAUGAAGGCUCUGCAGGUGUUCUACAUUUCCCACAAUCUCAUCAAGGACUGGGUCGAGUUCAUGCGCAUUGCCGUCCCCCCGAAUCUCACCGAGAUCACGUUCACUGGCAAUAUUAUCAGUGAGAACAUGGAGCCGGCUGCCUUUGUAGCCGAGGCUAUCCGUCGCUUGCCCAAUCUGAAGAAACUAGACGGCGAACCAGUCAUUCGCUAAAGACGCUUAAGGCCGCCGAUGGCCAAGAAAAGCGGUCCCAAUAUCGAAAUGGACAGCAAAAAACACAUAAACACAGAACAGAAACAGAAACAGUACAGAACACGGAGCACGGUAUCCCACAAAUAAGCAAUGCAAUCGAAAAUAAAAGAGAGAACAAUGUCUAACCCUUUGACCUAA